AUGAACCUCGGUCUUUACGGCUAUGGUCCGGCGAACGACCGCACGUGGCUGAUUGUUGAUUGCGGGGUAAGUUUUGCGGGGCCGGACCUGCCCGGCAUCGACGUAAUUGUCCCCGACAUCAAGUUUCUCGAAGAUGAGGUCGACAAUAUUGCCGGUAUGGUGAUCACCCAUGCGCAUGAGGAUCAUUAUGGCGGCAUACUGCAUCUAUGGCCUUUUUUGAAGGUUCCGGUUUACGCAACCGCAUUUACUGCGGGGCUUCUGGCUGCGAAGUCAGAGAGCGAACCGGGGGCAGAAGAGGUUCCGGUAACUGUCGUGAAACAAGGCGAACGGCACAAGAUCGGUCCGUUCGAUGUCGAAUUCGUCGCAAUGGCGCACUCGAUACCGGAGCCCUGUGCACUGGCGAUCCGGACACCGGCCGGACUGGUGCUGCACACCGGUGAUUGGAAAAUCGAUCUGACGCCCGGCGUCGGCUUGCCCAUUGAUAUGGACCGUCUGGCCGAGCUGGGCAGGGAAGGCGUCAUGGCUCUUGUGUGCGACAGCACCAAUGCGGUCAGGGAUGGUGUCAGUCCCAGUGAGGCGGAUGUGGCCGAAGAGCUGAAGAAGGUAAUGGCGAAGGCCAAACAGCGUGUCGCGGUUACAACUUUUGCAUCGAACGUCGCGAGGAUACGAGCUAUUGCAGAAGCAGCGGUAGCCAAUGAGAGGGAUGUUGUUGUCGUAGGCCGGUCGAUGCACCGCGUGAUCGAAGUGGCAGGCGAACUUGGUUACCUGGAUGGCUUGCCGCAGUUUCACGAUGAAGAAGCUUUCGGUUAUCUGCCGCGGAACAAGGCAGUUCUGCUAUGCACCGGUUCGCAAGGCGAAAGCCGGGCUGCACUCGCGCGCAUUGCCGCCGGCGACCAUCGCAAUGUCGCGCUUUCGAAAGGUGACACCGUGAUUUUCUCCUCCCGGACCAUCCCAGGGAAUGAAAAGGUGGUUGCAGAGGUGCUCAACAACCUAGCCGACAAGGAUGUCCGGAUCGUCACGGACAAGGACGCUCUUGUGCAUGUGUCCGGUCACCCGCGCAGGGGCGAACUGGAGCAACUAUACAAAGUGCUCAACCCGAAAGUCGUGCUUCCCGUACACGGCGAACCGUUGCAUCUUGCCGCACAUGCCGCGUUUGCGAAGGAACAGGGUGUUCCCGAAGUUGUGCGUGGCAAGAACGGGGACAUCAUCUGUCUGAAUGCGGGCAAGGCUGCGGUCAUUGACGAAGCGCCGUCGGGAAUUCUCGUCAAAGAUGGAGACAUUCUUGACGAUCCGGAAGUGACCGGAGUGAAAGAGCGGCGCAAAUUGUCGUUUGCCGGCGCUGCCGUGAUUGCACUGGUUGUCAACCGGGCAGGGGAACUGCUCACUGAUCCGCACGUUACCCUGCUCGGGUUGCCGGACACGGAUGAUGACGGUGAUCCGAUGGAAGCCAUCGUUGUCAAGGCUGUGACAGGCGCGGUAACGAGUAUUCCGAAGUCCCGGCGCAAGGACAAGGACCUGGUCGCGGAAGCUGCCCGGCGGGCCGCUCGCGCAGAGAUCCUCAACGUGUGGGGCAAAAAGACGCUCUGUAAGGUGAUGGUGACCCAACUAUAG